AUGAAUUUAUCAAUUUUGAAAUUCGAUUUUUGGGGUUCCACGGUUUUACGGGUAGUGGUACCUCAAAUGCUCAUAAUUAUAUUACUUAUUGCAUAUGUUUUGUUCGGUUCAGCAAUGUUUGUCAUUUUGGAUGACAAUUUAGCCAAGGAAAAUUUCACAGAUAUUAUUCUAUUCUCAUUUACUACUAUUGCUACGAUAGGUUAUGGCAAUAUUACACCAUCAACGCCAUGGGCGCAAUUGUUCUGUAUAGCAUUUUCAAUAUUUGGCAUUCCAAUGACUUUGCUAACAUUAGCGAAUCUUGGAAAAUAUCUAACAAAAAGUUAUUGGAUGGCAUUAGUUUGCCAAUAUUACACUUACUGUCAACGUAACCAUUUGGGCGCAAUACAAAUGUUCUGUGAUAUUCGAAUCAUUUGA